AUGUCGCCCCCGGCCGCCGCCGCCUCGGCCGCCUCCCCGGGGCCCGCCGCCGGGGUCCUCGCAAAGAGUCCAACGCCCACCUGGACGGGAAGGCGGCGCCCGCCUGGCCUCAGAACCGCCCAGAGAGGAGCCGCCCUGGAUGGACAGAGGGACAGAGGGACGAGCCUCCAGCCGGUCGUGUCUGGCUACCCUCUGCAGUCUCCGACACCCGCUGCUGCCCGCCCGCUGUCCGCCUGCGUGGCAUCUCUCGAUCCCGGUGGGUCCCCGCUCAUCCUUCCACCCCUCGGUUCCUCCUCUCGAGGAGGUGUGGUGCCUGUGGCGUCUGUGACUCGGCCUGAGACCCCCUGGGGCAGGGAGGGGUGGCUGUGGAGGGUAGGAAGCCAGGUGUGGGGUCCCACAGCUCCCCUUUCGACUCUCCGCCUCCUCCCCUACCCUCCUUGGCCCAGCUGUGCCAGGAUGGGGGUGGGGGGGGCAGUGGGUGCUCUGGGUUUGCAGAAAAGCCACACUGGACAGAAGGGGCCUCUCUCUUCCCUUCCCUCUGUCUCUCUCUCCCUCUGUCCCUCUCUUCCUGUUUCCACAGUGCUAUGUGGGCUCUCUGCUGAGAGGUGCUGGAUGAGGCAGGUGGGCCUGCAGGGGGAGGGGUACAGUGCCGUGAGAUGCCCAAGGCUGUGCGUGGGUGGUGAACCCCGUGCUGUGAACACGCUGCCCACCAUGCGGGCAACUCUGAUCCCCUCCAUGUUGCAGGCCCCUGGGGCCCAGCUUUCUCCAGCAGGGGAGGGUGAAGGGUCCAUGUGCAUCCCUGGAGAGCAGGGAGUUUGGAGAGGGGAGGGCUGCUGGAUGAGGACACCGGCGCCUCUGCCUUACCAGAGCAACCUUCUGGUCAGCGCCUGCUUCUGCUCCCUUCCCUGCUCGGGGUGGGAGGUCCUUUUCCCCCUCAUUCCUGACCCUUCCCCAAGGAUGCUGGUGACCCCCUUGCCACACCCCUAAUCCCACCUGCCCAUUCCGGGUGAGGUGAUGCCUGGUGCACUCUCUGGCCUGUUCUCUCUCCCCAGCAGGGAGGGCCCAACGUGAGAGUAUAAUGGUGAGGUUCAGGCUUCCUUCCCUGGGCAGAGGCCUUUCAGGAGUAUCAGGGUUUUUCUGCGAUCCAACCUGGGCUCUGUGAAGCUGGUCCCAGAUUUACUCCUCAGAUGGGCCCCUGGAGGAGGAGAGCUAAUGAAAUUCUGUCAGUCAAACGUAAAGCCCAAAGCCCGCUGAUGCCCCUGCCUGGCGGAGCUGCUUCGGUUCGCUGUGACCCUUAACCCCUUAGCUCCCCGAGUCCUCCUCUUGGGGCACUGGUCCUGCUUUGUGGAAGGCCCACCCUUGGCUCCCCGUCCUGGGUCCCAGUGGCUCAUCUGUCCCCUGGGGUGAUGACCAUCUUGCCUGGCCUGCCUCUCAGAACACCCCAAGGUGAGAUGGUGAAAUCUCCUGUUCAGCAGAGCCAGGGCCGAGCAGGGAAGGCACUUUCCCACCUCUAGGCACUGUGAGGGUGAGACCUGCGUGGGCCAGGCUGUCCUCACUCGUUCCUCAGGCCUGGGCCCAGCUCCCCGUUUCUGACCAGCUCCCAGCAAUCGCCUUGAGUACCGCUUCUAAGUCUCGCUCCACGUUAGGGUCACUGUGGAGUCUUAAAGAAACAUUGAAGCCUGGAUCCCCUGCAGCCUGGCUAAUUCUGAAUUUCUGGGCAUGGGGUCCAGACAUGUUUCCUUUUUGAAGCUCUCUGGGGGGCCUUGCUUUCCCUCACUGGGGUCUCUGGAACCCCGAGGUGGCGGUGACCCUCUGCAAGUCCCAAAAUCUCCAGGGAGAGGGGAGAGUGCUGGGCUCUGGACCCCAGAGCUGGAGACCAGAACUGCAGUGACCCUGGGGUGUGCAGGGAAUUGUGGGGUGUGGCAGGGGAGGGGCUGUGCAUUGGAAAGGGGGAGGGCUGAGGGGCACAGGUCAGGGUCAAGGGUACAAUACUGACUGAGACAAAAGCUUAGUCUGGGUGAGUGUACGGUGGGGGGGGGUGGGAGCUCCCCCACCUCUGGACAGGUGUGUUCUUCUGGGUUCGGGUGCGGUGGAAAGAGCAUUGGUCUUGGAGCCAGGAAAUCCUGCCCCUAGUGUCCUGCCUUGGGUGGCUUAUGCUGUUAGCCUCUCAGGACUUGCUUUUGCAUGUAUAAAGUGUUGAUGAUUUUAUACAUCACCGUAUCCCAAGUGGAUGGGAGGAUUAAAUAAGAAUACACAGGGAAUCCCCUGGUGGCCCAGUGGUUAGGACUCGGCCCUUUCACUGCUGGCGCCUGGCUUUGAUCCCUGUUUGGGGAACUAAGAUCCCACCCCAUUCAGGGAGGCGAAAUUAAAAAAAAAAAAGAAAAGAACACACACACAUACACAUCUGGUGUGGAGUAAGUGCUCCGCAGUUAGUUAGAAAAAGUAGUUUAGGGACUGAGAGGUGGGGAAGGCUCACUUCAGUUCAAGUGCACAGGUGUUCACCUCAGGAGUUUGUAAUCUGCCUGUUGAAUCCCAGCAUCAGACCAGGGCGGUGCGUGAUAACCUCCUCACGGGCAGGCCUCUCCUGCUGUGCCCCUCAACAGCGAAGGCCCGCACUUCCACAGCCGCCCUGUGGGCCGGCCCAGCUCCGGGCCCCUCUGUCCCUGGAGUCUCAACAACUCUCUCAGUAGGUGCUGUCAUUAUUCUCCUUCUAGGAAGGAAACUGAGGCACAGAGACGUUCAGUGAUGAGCCCGGGCUCACCCAGCUAAUGAUGGGAGGGUGCGGCCUGGUGCCCGCAGUUUCCCUCGUAGCCCAGCCUCUGAUCAUAUGCUGCUCUACUGCCUCUGGACCCCAGGCACAGCCCCCCACCGCCCCCCAGGCCUUUGCACUUGCUCUGCGUUUCCCCUCCCCGUCGUCACUGCUUGCAGCCCAGCUCAGAGGCCCUCUCUUCAGGGACGCACUCCAGGACACGCCCUGGUUGGAAUUCUUUUCCUGUAUUACUUUCCCGCGGAGGAGAGGAUGAUGGCUUCAUAGCUGCCUCACCUCCUCACUGCGCAGCCAGCCGGGCAUCCAGGCCCGUCUCCCCUUCUUCCUGGGAGCUCCCCGAGGGCAGGGCCACGCCUUCCUCUUGGUCUCGGCCUCUCGAGGCCCCAGCACAACCUCAGGGAGUCUUCCCUGAGUGGAGUUGCCAUCAGAGUUCCAAGGGGAGAAAGAUCAGGAAGGUUGGGGUGGGCAGGAGUGGCUUCCUGGAGGUGGAGGGCCUGAGUGCUGG